UUGCUGCAUUGUGCACUGAUCCUAUUAAAGGCAUUAGCAACAUUCCAGGGUACCUCAUUCUUAUUUUCUGCCGAUGGUUUUGUUACCUUCGCCAGCUUUGUUAAAAAAAACUCUAACAGCCGUCCCCUGUCUGCCAUGCAGCGUGCUCCGGACUAACUGCAGUAGAUGUCAACUGCUUGAAGUGCUCUGAGGGAGUUCCAUGCUAAACAGUGCCUAACAGUUGAAUCAUUUGCUUCUGAUGAGAUAAGAUGAAGCCAUAGCCAAGUGAGAGGACAACGGGACAAAGUCAGUGCCUCAUCCAACUUAAAACACUUCUGUAGCUUUGUUGCCAUGGAGACUGUGGUUAUUGUAGCUAUUGGGGUCCUUGCGACUAUCUUUCUAGCCUCCUUUGUGGCUCUUGUCGUUGUCUGCAGACACCGUUAUUGCCAGCCCAGCAACCUGUUACACCCAUUUGACUCAAAGCCUACAGUAGAUCUCAUUGGUGCGAUGGAAACCCAGAGUGAGCCCUCAGAAUUGGAACUGGAUGAUGUAGUUAUCACAAACCCACACAUUGAGGCGAUCCUGGAAAAUGAAGACUGGAUAGAGGAUGCUUCGGGGUUGGUGUCUCACUGCAUAGAGAUUCUUAAGAUAUGUCAUACUCUGACAGAGAAACUUGUUGCCAUGACGAUGGGAUCAGGUGCAAAGAUCAAAUCACCAGCGAGGCUCAGUGACAUAAUCGUAGUGGCAAAGCGGAUUAGUCCGAGGGUGGAUGAUGUUGUGAGGUCAAUGUAUCCUCCACUGGAUCCUAAGCUCCUGGAUGCCAGAACCACAGCUCUCCUUCUCUCUGUCAGCCAUCUUGUAUUGGUUACCAGGAAUGCAUGUCACAUGACCGGAAGCCUCGAUUGGAUUGACCAGUCCCUCUCUUCGGCUGAGGAGCACAUGUCAGUGCUAAGGGAGGCAGCUCUGGCGACUGAACCUGAGAGGAACCUCAUUGGCUGUGAGAAUUUCUGUCAGGAACAAUCCUCAAUUUAGCUCCUUGGGCCUGACUGAUGAUGGAGCGGGGAAGAACUAGCUUUUUCCCCAGUUGAACUGCUCCAUUUAAUCAUGUGCAUUUUCCUGUUCACAGGUUAAUCAAUCUGUGAAAUAUGUGCCUUAAAACUCAUUGAGGAUUGGACUCCACUGUUCAAAUGACUUUUGGACAGACAAAGGGCUGAUAUUAGUGUCAAUUAUAGUUCUAAGCUCUGCUUGAUUGUUUACCUAAUGUUUACACUAAUUACUGCAUAGUUAGAAUUAAAUAUUCAUGUGUCCCUGUUUGUUUUUGACCUCAACUGACUGAAACUUUCAUCAGCUAAAUUCCUCCAGCAAAUCUCACAUUUGAUGUUUCUUUAAAUUCUGUGCCUGGACAUCUAAGUCAUAAAACCUAAUUGCUACAGAGACCUUUUGCUUUUAGCAUGUGAUAAAUGUGAGUGAGGUGCAUUGCUACCUGCAUGAGGAAGGUUGAUGUUAAGCAAGGUUAAUUAUUAACAAUUUUAUUUUCUCUGCAAUAGUGAACACUCAAUUGACGUAGAAUUUACUUGAUGCAUCAGAGAUCUUGAGGGGGCUUCAAAGCCAACUAAAGACUUUUGUUGUAAACAAAUUAUUGCUGAUGUGUCAAUCAGAAGCUGUUUUGGUCGAGGUUGCGGCGUAUAAGAUGAACAACAGCUGUGAUCAAAUGAAAGGCCUUGACUAUUUCAGCAAAAGUAUUAAUCUGUUUUGUCUUAAGCAGAUUGUUGGGUUCAAGAUAUCAGAGAAAGGAAUUAAUUUGAUCAGGUCUGUUCUUAACAUUACACGGCAUCCUUUAAACCAAUUAGAGUAUCAGGGCAAAUUGUGCAAUGUUCACAGGAAAAGUAAAAAUCAUUUCACAUUUAACUGUACUUUUUGAUCCACAUUGAGCAAAUCUUUGAUCUGCAUUUCUCAGAACCAGCACUCCAUGCUACAGCCUAAUCUUACACAAUGGGCCUUAUUAUAUUGUGAGAAAAAGGCACGUCUAUUUGAUCUGAAAUGAUAGUUCAUCAAAGGGUGUCACCUCGAUCAUAAAAUUGGUAAAGAGAUUUUUGUUUAUUUUGAAAAGAGUGUAGGAGCCAUGUGUGACAGUGGAAAGUGUACAACUGUUUAUCUUUUUUAUUAAGGAAUUCCAAGUAAUACAGACCACAUCCUGGUGUGUCCUGGCUCAGUACUCAAAGCAGUCCGAUUGUCUAUUUGUGUGAGCAAACCCGUCUUAUAGCUGAUUGGUGUCCAUAUUUUAAAUAGUCCAACUGCUAAUAGACCUAUUUGUGUUUAGUGAUUCUUGUUCUCAUUUGUGUGUCAUUGUGAAGUUUCUUCCUAUCUGCCUACUUCCUGACCUCGCAUCGACCCUUCCCAGCAUUGCCGAAUUUACUCUUAAAGAGACUGAAUCAUCCUUGGGUCCUUAUCUAGAGCAUUUGUUACAGAAAUAGGCAGGAAAAGUCCAUGCACUGCUCCCAAAAGGAAGACUGGCAAAUCCACACCACUGUUUCCAGUGCCAAAAUAUUGACAUACCUUUGGAAUGUUUAAUCUGUAGUUCGGCAUUGUCUAAACUGGACUAUGCGCAGCUCCUAAACCCUGGUGAUGUGGUAACUGAAGCCUACCCCUAUAUGCACUGACUUUUCUCAUUUGUUGGUUUUGCUCAAUUUUAUGGACAAUUUGGAUUGGUACAUAGAUGGCAUAAGUAUGGAGGGUCAUGGACCAAAUGCAGGCAAAUGAGACUAGAUUAAUUGUGAAAACAGGGCAGCAUGGACAAGGUGGGUCAAAGGCCCUGUUUCCAUGUUGUAAACCUCUUUGACUCAGUGGCUUUGUAAAGAGCUCUUCUUUGAAUGGUUGUCCUACUGUUAGAUAAGUAAAAAAACAGAAUACCAGGACUUUAUAAAAAUAAAAACAAGAAGAACCGUGGAUGCUGUAAAUCAGAGACAAAAACAGAAGUUGAUGGAAAAGAUC